UAGAAACGACGCAUUAUCCAUUUAAUAAUUGAUUUUUUUACAUAAAAAAUAGGUUAAGCGCUUUUAUUGAUAUUUUAAGCCUCUUUAAAUAUUCAUAAAGUUUGAUAGGGCAAGUUAGUAUUCUAUUCGACUAGACAAGAUGGAAGAAUAUAAAAAUCAGCUUUGGAACAAAACCGAAGAAAUGGCCCAAAAAUUAAAAGACGAGCUUUCCAAUAAGCAAAAUUUCAUGAUGGAAAAAAUCAAAGAUGUAUCGGAAAUGGGAAACGAAGUAUUGCGGAGUCUGCUGAGCGCAGAACCUCCACCGAAUAAAGUAAUGGAAACCAGAUCUGAUUUGUUUUCAUCGAGAGACAUUCAUUCGAGGGAGGACGGAUUAGUUUUGUAUUUGCCCCCGCCGAUGUCUCAAAAGACCAAAACAACAUCUAAUUAUGAAAUAGUUCUCCAUCGACCUGCCACCGAAACAUUACAUCAAUUAUUUAGUUUAUUCAGAACUCCGAGUUUAGAGGAAGCCGAAAUAAGAUUUUUAACCUUUAAGGAUAAAAUCCCACCUUUCGUAGAAGUAGCCAAAGAGAUGUUUAAUUUAAACGGUUUGCAAAAACUUUGUGACGUUCUAGUGGACCAUCCCACGUGGACUCUUGCUCAUGUGGCUGCUCAUUUCGCUCUCUACGAUCUAUUCAACGAUCCGAAAAUAAAUUGUUUCCUCAACAGCACUGAUAUCGAAACGGGAAUGUCCCCUUUGCAAGUCGCCAUAACGACCCAAAACGUUAAAACCGUACAAAUAUUAAUAUCGGCUAAUUCUUCAUUGGAACAUUUAGAUCACAAUGCCAAUUCGGUGUUCCAUUAUGCGGCCAGCACGACCAAAGACAUCAUCGGUGCGUUGGCCCAAAGCACACCGUUGAGAUGCCUGAACGCCCGCAACAAAAACGGCCACACGCCACUUCACAUGGCCUGCCUGGCUGACAAACCUGAUUGUGUUAAGGCCUUAUUGCUCGCAGGAGCUGACGUAAACAUCACGGCCACCAAAAGCGAACAUCCCGAUUCACCGGGCACCGUCGAACCCAGUUACGUGGGGAAUUACCUCCAGAACAAUCCGAACACCUUCUAUUUGAAGGAUAUUAAGAACGGGGGCACGCCGUUGCAUUGGGCCAGUUCGAGGCAAGUCAUCGAAGCGCUGAUAGACGUGAAUUGCCACAUAAACGCGUUGAAUUUCGAACAAAAAACAGCGCUACACGUGAUGGUCGAAAGGAACCGAUUGGAUUGCGUAUGCGCUCUGUUGAGUCGCCAAGCGAACGCCGAUUUAGGCGAUUUCGAUGGCAAUAGACCGAUACAUUUGGCUGUGAAAACCAACAAUCCCGCCAUACUGCAAGCUUUGAUUAUAUUCGAUGUGGAUUUGGACGUUCUCAACAAUAAGGGAGAAACGGCCAGGCAUUUGAUAACGGCCGACCAAGAACCGAAAUUGCUCUACUACUUGGCCGCUGUCGGUGCGAAAAGAUGCCUGCCCGGCACGGAAGGUUGUACCGAUGGUUGUUCGACAGAUGGUACAUACGACGGUAUCCCACCUCCCAAAGUUAUAGGUCCGACUAAUCGGGAUAUUUUGAAUUCGAUGCUCUCUGUGGCUACUAUGGAAGUGGCCUCGAACAAAUUCGAAAACGGCGACAUGCCGAAGAGCGGGCGGCUGUUGUGCUUGGAUGGAGGAGGCAUCAGAGGGCUCGUACUCAUCCAAAUGCUCUUGGAACUCGAAAAGGUCGUUGGGAAGCCUAUAAAAGAGUGCUUCGAUUGGUUAGCCGGAACGAGUACCGGCGGUAUUUUAGCUUUAGCUAUUGCUUCGGGUAAAACUUUAAAAGAAUGCUUGUGCUUGUAUUUCCGUUUGAAAGAAACCGCUUUUACCGGCAAUCGACCAUAUUCCAGCGAUAAUUUGGAGACUAUUUUAAAAGAUACAUUUGGAACUGAUACCGUCAUGUCCGACAUCAAGAAACCCAGGGUUAUGGUGACAGGCGUUUUGGCUGAUAGGAAACCUGUAGAGUUACAUUUAUUCAGAACGUAUACAAGUCCAAACGAUAUAUUACAAGUUCAACACGAUUCUCCUUACGAAUUACCGCCGCCUCCUGAGGAACAAUUCGUGUGGCAAGUAGGCAGGGCGACCGGAGCUGCCCCCACUUACUUUCGAGCUUUUGGUAGAUUCUUAGACGGCGGUCUCAUAGCGAAUAAUCCGACACUAGACGCUCUAACGGAAAUUCACGAGCACACGUUGGCUCUCAAAGCCAAAGAUAGAGAAAGUGAGGCCUGUCCCGUUACGGUUGUCGUAAGUUUAGGCACCGGUUUGGUACCAGUUACAGAAGUGAAAGGUAUAGACGUGUUCAGACCGGAAACUAUAUGGGACAGCGCUAAAUUACUGUCGUUAGUGAUGGGCAUUGGGUUUCUGGGAACGUUGCUAGUCGAUCAGGCGACAUCGAGCGAUGGGAGAGUGGUGGAUCGUGCUCGUGCUUGGUGCUCGACCGUGGGAAUCCCGUACUUCAGGUUUUGUCCUCAAAUGUCCGAAGAUAUUGCUAUGGACGAGAAAUCCGAUGAAAAGCUGUGCAAAAUGCUGUGGGAGACGAAAGUUUAUAUGCACGAAAACGGGCAAGUUAUGAUUGAAUUAGCACACCUUUUGAACAGGAUUUAAGUAGUAUAUCGACGAUGUAUUUUUAAUGGAUGUCGUAAAUUUAAGAGAAGCCGAUUAGUUCAAGUUUAUUUAAUUCGUCCUAGGUUGUUGUGAUUUAGAUGAUUUUUGUUGUAGCAAAUUUUGGUAAAUUUUAUCUUGUUGCCUAUGUUGUACUUACAUUUUUGAUUUAUACUUUUGUUAUAUUAAUAAAAUAUUUCCACCUAUAA